CAAAGAAAUCAGUGCAAAUCAUGACCAAACGAUGCCACGCGACGCAUUGAGCUGUAUGUCAGUCUUUGUCCAGCAAUUGAAGGUGUACCUUAUCAGGAGCAUUAUGUUCCACCCUCGUCAGCGUCACUGCAGAAUUUGUUGGCAGCUCAACACCACGCUUCACCGCAGCACUUCAUGCUUCUACAGCAACCACACCAACACUAUCGCUUCACCGCAACGUUGCCGAUCUUCUUGCUCUCCGCCCUCUGCCGUCUGUCCACCUCUGAAUCAGUACAAUCAUCUUUCGCAGGGUUAAGUGACGUAUCUUCGUGAACGAGCGUUCAUUCCGCCAAAGUCUCCUCUACUGUCAUGGCGGCUACCGAGCGUACGCACCUGCUGACGCGCAGCCUCAGUGGCUCAUGGGAGAACGGCCACAUGAAUGUCAAGCCCUACGGCCCAGCCGUGACGCUGGCCAUGGCACUCAACUACGUGAUCGGCACAGGCUGCUUCGGUCUUCCGUAUGCCUUCAUGGAAGGCGGCAUCGUUCUCGCUCUCAUUCUCAUGAUCGUGGGCGUCUUGGGCUCUCUCCUCACUAUGAACUACACUCUCGAGUCUCUCGCACGUGCUGAAGGAGUGUGUGCAGCAACUGGCGGCGGCGCACCGCGUCAUCAGAUCACGUACCGCAAGUUCGAGUUCGCUACUAUCGCCGAAAUGUUCGUGGGAAGACUGGGCAAAGCAGCGGUGCAGCUGGUCAUGGGCUCGUAUUGCAUCGGCUCGCUCUGGUCAUACGCGUCUGUCUUCUCGUCGUCUACAGCCUCGCUCUUCUUCACGUACGUGUUGGGCGAGUCCUGCGACGUAUACGGUGAAGACCCGUCCAGUGGCUGUUUGGAGGGAUACUACGUGUUCAUGGCAAUAUUCUCAGCCAUCGUAUUGUCUAUGGUGCUCAUGGAUAUCAGCGAUCAAGCGCUAGUACAGAAAUUCCUAUCUGUAUACCGUAUCGUUGCCUUCGCACUAAUGUUGAUCACCAUGACAGUCAAAGUGGCGAGCGACGGGAGCGACGCUGUAGCGUCUCGCUAUGCUGCCAUUGGAACAGUCAACUGGGGCAACUUUGGCAAGGCCUUCGGACCCACAUUACUGGCUCUCAACUGCCAGUACAACAUGCCAGACGCCCUACAGCCCCUGGAUCCCAAGUCUAAAGCGCGGUUCGUGGCGUUUGCUGCGCUUCUAAUUGCUGGUACUUGCUACCUGCUUGUGGGUCUGCUUGGAGCGCUCUCGUUUGACAAGAUUAAUCCACUAGCGACGCUCAUGUGGAGCUCCUACACUGGCUGUGGAAAUGGAUGGGAAGAGUGCGAACACUCGAACCCUGUGGGGAUCAUCGUCCAGCUCAUUAUUCUGCUUUUCCCCGUCAUCAACGUCGUAUCGGCCUACCCGAUGGUUGGAGUCACAGUGGGCGACAACAUGCUCAUGUCCUUCCCGUCACAUCUCACGGAUCGAUUCGGUGAGAAGAUCACACGCAGUCUGUGCAGACUGUCGGUUGCAGUGCCGCCCAUUCUGUUCGCUAUCGUGUUCAAACGUCUGGACUUCAUCUUCGCCAUUGCAGGACUGUUCGGCUUUCUACUGGGACUCACGAUUCCCUGCUGGUUCCAAGUCAUCGGUAGUCGCUACUGCCAGCAAGUGUGGGGAUUCCCGGGCGCAGCGAUCACCGAGUUCACAGAGCCGAUUGUGAGCUCAGUCCCGUUCGCUAGCUGCUUCCUGGCUCUCACUUUUGUCAUCACUGCAGUCGCUAUUGGCACACUGAAUGCAUGAGCCUAAGAAAGUGGUGUAGAACCUGAAGAUAGAGACCGAAUGGGGAAAUACACCACGCAUCGCGAAAGUUUUCGCCUUCGAUUAUCCUUUAGAACUUGUGGAAGUUGUAAAGAUUUUGUUGGUUAAAGCUCUUCUUUGAAUUCUUGAGAUGUCUCCGAUGAACGUGGUUUUGAGUACCAUGGAGACGUUCCGACUGGAUAUGACGCGUAUUUCCGAUCGUCCAGUGUGGCUUCAGCUGCAUUUACCACUGGAGUCCAAAGUGUCCACGCAGCUUCCACUUCGUCUAAAUCCGCAAAGUGCUCAAUAGCGCCAUCUACAAUUUCUCGCAGUAAGAAAUCGUACGCUGAAGGCUUAUUUCCUAACUCCCAUGUAGCAGUUCCAUGGUCAUCUUUCUUGGAGGUAAUGACGCGUUGAUCAUCAACAUCCACGUACUCCCAGCCACUUGGAAGUUGGAGAUCGGG